AUGCCAGCAAGACGUCCAUCCUGCAAACCCGCGCCCGCCCAUCCCAGAGUUUCUCACAACGACUGGGACAACUCCCUCGACGACAACAAUGACUCUGGCAUGGAGAUGUCUGGUGGAGGAAGUGGUGGUGGGAGUGAAAUCGGAGAAAUCGAGGAGAGUUUGAAGAGGACUAUGGCUGUGGAUACGGGCCUUCGUAAAGAACAAAAACAACAACGUCUCGAGAAGGAGUUUGAGAGUCAGGUCCGGCAGUUGGAAGGCCAGAUAGAUGAGAGGGUUGCGGAAGGGAAGGAGGAUGUUGUCCGCAUUCAAGAUGCCCACCUGUCAAGACUCCUAGCACUCUCACGUCGAAAGGCCGAAGUCGAAGCCCAAAUCAUCGAGCAUACACGAGAACUUGCUGAUGCGUUCCUUGCGGUCAAGGAGGAAUUCGAGGCAGUCUUGCGUGGACGGUCGGAAGAUGUCAGUGAGGCUAUCGAAUCGUUGAACAAGUUGGAGGAGGCGGCGUCCCCAAAGAGAUCUCAAUGA